GGAGUUAAAAAGCUGAAGCUGUAUAGAACCACUUUGCUCCCUGCCUGAGCCGCCAGCUGGGGUAUUUGCAUAAGCAGUAAAAGAGAGGGAUGGACAGAGGGAGAGAGAGCGAGGGAGUGAGAGAGGGAGGGGGGAAUCAUAUCAGACACUCCCACAACCUAUAAAGCACAACCAUACUGAAACACUCAGUGAAACCACACGUGGGUCUCUGCGCAAGGGGAAGAGCCAGCGCUGCACAGGGACAGAGAGCCGGAGGAGGAGUGUGCAUGUGUGUUUGAGGAAGCAAGACGUGGAUUUCAGCUCAUAUGUGAUGUGAGUGAGGACAAACAACAAACUCAACCCUUCAUGAUCAAUUCUCCAACUCUCGACUUCAAGGAAAAACUCAUUUCAAAUGAUUCCUAGUAGCAGGGCAAUGUAAUACCAGAGUGCAACUGUACUAGAGGACUAUCCAGAGAGCAAACAAGUGGAGGACUUGGCUUCGGAACCAGAGAUCCAUGCAUUACGAACUCUAGAGUCUUGCAAGCAACAUUUGAAAUCUGUGUGGAGAGGUUUGGAGGUUUCAGUGAUGUCUUUCGCGAUGGUGCGACCGGCUCCCAGCCGAUACCUGUACUCCGAGAUCUCGAUGAUGUCAGAGGAUGACGAAAAUGGCAGCGAGAGCUCGGGCUCCGAUGACCGCUCGUUUCGUUUGGACGCCUCAGGAUACGAACUUAAAGUUGGAAGAAAGCGGAAACCUGGUGUAGGUGGAGGACGGCUGAUAAGUACAUCACCUAACUCCACCGGGACAAUGGCUCCAGUGGCAGAGGGCCGUCCACGCAAUGCAGCCAACGCACGGGAGCGGGAUCGCACCAACAGUGUCAACACGGCCUUCACCGCGUUAAGGACUCUCAUCCCAACAGAGCCUGCUGACCGGAAGCUGUCCAAGAUCGAGACCUUGCGGUUGGCGUCCAGUUACAUCUCCCACCUUGGAAACGUGCUCCUUGUGGGUGAAGCUUGUGGGGAUGGACAGCCGUGCCACAGCGGAGGGCCUUCAACCUCAAACUACUACCACCACCAUGGCUCGCCUAGUCGGGACUCGGAGAACUCGCAGCCCAAACAGAUCUGCACAUUUUGCCUCAGCAACCAGAGGAAAAUGAGCAAAGACAGAGAGAGAAAAUCAGCCUUGAGGAGUUAAGCCACGACGAGAAUGGAUUUACAAAAUAUCAUCAACCAAUGUACAAAAGCUGAUGACUGCAAAAUGCAAUGUUGUGGUGUAUAUAUGCAAAUAUCAAUUCAUAUUUAAUUAUUUGUAAAUUGCCAUUGGACUGGAGCAUUUUGUUGGAGGAAAAAAAAACCACAUAUGACUGGAAAAAGACCAGACUGCAGCGACUUGAUUACUCAAGAGCUGAACAUCCCGCCACAGACUACACCAAGCUAAACCAAAUGCUUAUCAUCGACCACAGGGAGUUUAGGUAAUGCUAUUCUCGCCAAAGAAUCUCAAUAAGAGGACUGCAUUUACAAGGCUGGAAAUGAUCACAUAACUUCUCCAGUAGACACAGCGUACGGAGCCCAGCUUUACAAAUCAAAACAAUGAUGGAACAUCUUCCUAUUUUCAAAAUCAAUGAGGACCAUGGGACAGUGCUCACUGAAGACAUGAAUAGAUGCAAACUGACAUGUGGCAUGUUCUUUCUUAUAAAAACACAAAAGACACUUAGCCUGACUAUGAAAAUGCAAUAAAUUCAAUAAAUGCAGUACACUGUAUGUGUAUAAAAUGGCAAAUUA